UAAUGACUUUUAGAAUAAUGAGAAGCAAAUAUUGCGAAAAAUAUCCGCAACGAUGCGAAAUGCCUGACGACACGUUUUGUCUACAGAAUAGAGAUUACUGUGGAGACAAUCAAACGACAUUGGUACCCAAACCCGAGUAUCGUAACGCAAGUUAUGAUCCAGGUGAUGUUCUUGAAUUAAGCCAUGAUAUAAAUGAUUUGAUUUAUGAAUAUAAAUACGAUUUUGAGAAAGCAAAUGAAACAUAUUUCCUUGAACAUUCUCAGACAGUUGUGAGAAGAAGAAUAUUUGGUAUGAAUGAGUACUCCAAAUGCUUCGUUCUUUAUUCAAGAGUUGAAAGUUCUCUUGAUCCUCCCAUUCUAAAAAGGAACAAAAAUUUCUUUAAGUAUCCCUAUUAUAGUUUCAUAUUUGAUCCCAUGAUAUAUGAUGCAUUUGAUCCAAUCAUGAAAGAUGGGAUAUAUUUUUCAAUUCACUCUCCAUUUGAUGUUGCCAAUCCUUUUGAAAAAGGUUAUUUUAUGAAGCCAGGAAGAAUGCACAAAAUAACUGUUUCGAUGACAGAAGAAUAUUUACUUCCUCCUCCUUAUAAAACAGAUUGUAUGGAUUAUGACUUGAUGUGGAGAAACAAUAAUAAAACUGGACCACGGUCCCAGGAUGCUUGCAGAUUGAAAUGUGUUGCUGACGUUGUCACUUCUUGCUGCAAUUGUACACUUGCUUCCCACAAUUAUCCAUAUUCAAAUGAUUUUCCCCUUUGCUCCGAAAAUCAAUUUUAUGCUUGCUUCCUCAGAUGUGCACCUUUUGAAAAACUUAUAGCAGGCAUUCAAAUUUGCUAUGAAAGCUGUAAAGAAGAAUGCUAUUACAUAAAAUAUACAGUUGAAGUUCAAGAUCGUUACAUUGAUUUACAGAAAGAGAAUAGUACUAUCGAUACAGAUAUAAAGAAGAUAUACGUUGACGUGAGCAUUGAAGAUACAGAAGUUAUGAGUUUCUCUUACAAACCUCAAUAUCAGGAAGUUGAAGCAUUCAGCUACAUAGGGGGUUUUAUUGGAAUAUGGCUUGGAGUCUCAUUGGUUCAAGUUACAGAUUUCUUAGAAAAUACAUUUCUAUUAAUCCGGAGAUGUUUCAGGAAACGAAACCCUAAGAAAGCAGAAGCAUUCCAAGAAUCGUAGAUGUCAAAAUGUUUCAAAGUAAUUUUGACUGAAAUGUUACUUUAUAUGCUUAUAUUUUCCAUUAUUGUCUUUUAUAAUAUUAAGUUAUUUAAUCUUGAGUGCUUAGGUAGUUUUAACCCCAAUUUUAUAUUUUGCGUUUGAUUAUUUGUUUAUAAUGUUUCCCCAUGCAAUUAUCUAUGCAUUAUCUUAUACCAAGCAUUUUAAGUAUUGUUAAAUGUGUAUUAUUUAUUUAUUUUUUUUACUUUUUGUCAUGGAGAAACAUUCAAAGAAUCUCAGGAAAAAAAUAUUUCUCGACAAAAUAAAUUUUGAAAAAAUCAUUUUGCCUCAAUAGCACUUUAUAUUUAAAGCAUUCUGCUUUCAGAAUAUUAUUUAACAUUAUUAAAAAUUAAUAUUUAGGUCUUUUAUUAUCUAGAUGCAAGGGAUUUAUCAAUAUUAUUUAUAUAUUUUCAAAUGCAAUUAUGCAUCAUUAUAAAAAUCGAAUUUAUCAUUAUUAUUUUUAUCUUAGUUGUUUCAAUAUAAUUAUUAAUUAUUCAUAUUGUUUCAUUUAAGAUAUUUUUUAAACUCUAUAUCCAAUUUUGGCUAUUACAUUAUAUUGUUUAGAAUGCUGUUUUUGUAUAGAACAUUUUCUGUCUCAUCCGUAUUGUUGUAUUUUUAUCAUUACAUUAAGUAACAUUCUAAAUCUCAGGGCAGAUCUAAAUUGGUCUAAAAUCAGGGCAAAAUCUGAAAAUCUCAGGGCAGAAAAUUUUUUUAAAUGCACAAUAUCGCUUUGUCCACUAUCAUUCUUUUCAUCGUCAUCUUCAUAAUUCUGCUUUUUAUUCUCAUAUUGCAUAGUGUAAAAAUACUAUUUUACUUAUCAUUAUUAUCCAUAUGCAUUUAAAUAAAUAAUUUAAUAUCUAUAUUGACUCUUUAUUCAAUUCUGAGAAAGUGCUGAUAGGAAAUCAUAACAUUGCUUUGAAUUAAAUGAUUAUUAAAUGUUUUUUUUUGUUUAUUUAUAUCAUUAAGUCAUUUGACUUUAAAUCCGAAUUUGUAAAUAAUGCUUUAUUAUUUGUUUUUAUUAUUGAUUGUGUAUGCAUAAAUUUGUAGUAAUUAUCUGUAGCGUGUUUUUAUCAAUAAUAUAAGGUAAUUAUAAGAAACUCAGGAAUGAAACAAUUCUUAAAAAAACUUGUGAGAUAGUUUUGUCUUUUAUGAUAUUUAUAUCACUUAGAUUAUCCUUACAUUAUUUAGCUAAUUUUUAUGAUUCGUAUUAUUAUGGUGUUGAAAUUUUAGUAUUGUAAUUUUUAUUCUGAAUUAGAUUGUAGUUCUAAAUCGGUACAUAACAUUAGAUUAUUUAUUUAUGUAGCUGCUUUCAUAUAGAAAAUUAAAUUUAUUAUCUAUUGUGCUAUGUAACCUUUUUAAAAAGUCAGCACCGUAAAUUCUUUUGAAGAAAACAAAUUAUUGAAAUAGCUUCGCUUUAUAUAAUAGCUUUUGCUCAAUCAUUUUACUUAGAGCAAUGUUUUGUAUAGCUACACUAUAAAAGAUAACUGCAAAUUCUACAGAAAAAACUGUUUAAAUAUAAACAGAAGCAGAGUGUUCACCUAUCAAUGAGAUAACUCGGGUUCGAAUCCCGGCGUUAACGGGUAGCGUGGACUCAACUCUCGGUUCUCACGGACCACAAUGCUAAUAGUUAUUUCAUACAUUUUGUUUGUUAAAUAUAACAAAUUUUUGUUAAAAUAGCAGAAUUUGUUUGUUAAAAUAACAGAAUUUGUUUGUUAGAAUAACAGAAUUUGUCUGUUAAAAUAACAGAAUUUGUUUGUUAAAAUAACAGAAUUAGUUAGUUAAAAUAACAGACUUUGUUUGUUAAAAUAACGAUACCUUUCUACUUAAAAAACAGGCUUCCAUUUUUAAAUAACAGUAUUUUUCCAUGAAACAAAUGGUUUUAUAGUGGCACACCAGCUGUCAGUUUUUUUCGGUAAAUUUAACAGAUUUUUUUUUACAGUGUACUUACUAUUUUCUGUUUAGUGAUGGCAUUUCAUCAUAAUACUGUUUAACUAGAUUUAUGAUUUUGUAUGCACUAUGUAAUUUGUUAUUAAUGCUAUUUUAUCAAUAAUGCUAUUUUAUCUUUCUAUCAAUUUAUCUUUAAUGAUACUGCAUUUUAGCAAUUAAAAUUCCAUAAUUCUGCGAUGA